CCAUGUGCUUCCACAUCACAUUAAUUUCAAUUUGAAGGAGAAGGAUAUUCCUUUUUUCUUCUUCUGCAGGAAAUCACAUGGAGGUGCCAUCGCACUCACAUGACAAUCUGAACUAUGGAAGGGGACAUCAAUGAAGGAUCAGUCCCAUCAUACUAUCGAGAAGUACAUCAAGCCAUCUGCUGCAGAAAUGAUGAACGAGUGCAGAUCAAUGUAUUCCAGAGGCUUCUCAACAGAACUGUUCUCUCUGUCACAGUUCAGAACCAGAUAACUGAACAUGUAAACAGUGGCGAUGGAUUCCUAAGCAAAGUAUCGCUGUAUAAAGGCUUGGCUCUCAUUGCCUUUGCCCAGCAAGGAAAGUCACCAAGUCCCAAACUGUUAGAUAAUUUCCUACAAGAGUUCCCGAAGCCUCAGCUAGGAGAGCCAAAGGAGCUGCAGAGUCUGAAGUUUCAGUUGGCUCAGGAGAAUCCUUUAAUGUUGUUUUUGACUCUGGCGGAGCUGUUGAGUAAGGACACAAUCAAGGUUGAACUCAUCCCUGAGAAAAAGGGAUUGUUUCUUAAACAUGUGGAAUAUCAAGUAACUAGUGAGCGUUUUAAAGUGUCAGUCUAUCGACGAUACAGUGAUUUUUACGUCUUCCAUGAGCUCCUACUCCAGAGAUAUGCUUACAGAGUCGUGCCUGCACUGCCCCCCAAAAGAGUGCUGAAAGGAGUCCUGACCUCUAUGUCAGAACAAGAGUUCAUCAAAGGGCGAAGACGUGCUCUGAGCAGGUUCCUGAAUCUUGUGGCAAGACAUCCUUUCUUUUCCGAGGAUGAACUGGUGAAGACAUUCCUCACCUUUAACGGCUCGGAUGUGCAAACUAAGCUUCGUGAUGCUUGGAAAAAAUUGGGCGAUGAGUUUAUGACAUGCAAACAUGCAACGAAGGUCAAGGAUUACCUUCCUGCUGAUAUCCAGGUUCAGUUUUCAUCCAGCAGGGAGCUGAUCAGAAAUAUCCAUAACAGUUUUCAGAAGUUACGGGACAGGGCAGAGAGAAUGGCCGAGCGCUCUAUGGAGAACGCAAUAGAUCUGCAAAUGUUUGGGAAGGAGCUCAGUUCUUUGGGAUCCAAUGAGUCACCUGUACCUGUCCUGACCUCCUUCAAGAGUCCAUGGAGUGCUCUCAGACACUCUGUCAAAGGCCUCUCGGUUGAGUUUGCACUUCUGUCUGAAAAAGCUGUAGAACAGGGCAGAAGAGAGGUGGAUGAUGUGGUUGAAAAAUUUAAUCUGUUUCUGGACUUGCUGCAGUCAUACCGGGACUUGUGUGAGCGGCAUGAGAAGGGGGUCUUGCAAGAGCACCAGCGAGCGCUACAGAAGUACGGCAUAAUGAAGAGACAAAUGCUGAGUUCCACAGUACAGCCUAAAGAACAGCUUUCUGUUGAACAGCUGGAGUCCCGCAUCGUGCAGCAAGAGAAUGCUAUUCAAGCCAUGGAGCUGCGCAACUACUUUUCCCUGUUCUGCCUGCACCAGGAGAGUCAGAUUAUCUUCACAUAUCUGCCCAUCACGUCUCACAUCCUGGGGGCAUUUGUCGACUCCCAAGUGCAGGGGCAUAAAGAGAUGGGUGAGGUGUGGCAAGAUCUUCAUUCCAAGGUUAAAAGUGUUUUUAAGAACAGUAACGGACUUCAGUCUCCACCUCUCAGCCCAAAAUAGCCCCACACUACUGUGCCUACAGAAUUAAAUGAAGAUUUGAACUGCAGGACCUCUGAAAAACUACACACAGUUGAACAAUUUUUAACACACUACAAUGCCCUGCAAAGAAUUAUGAGAAAACCGCUUCUCCCUGAAUGUUUAUGUAGCAGACCUGAAUGUUAUUACAAUUUGAAGAGUGCCCUUAAUUUCUGUCAUUUUGAGCAAACUGACAAAUGUUGACCAUAUACACUCAUGAGACGAAACAUUGUGACCACUCACAGGAAAGGCGAAUAAUCUUGAUCAGCUCCUAACAAAGCCACAUGUCAAGGUCUGGGUAGAUUCGAUGGUAAUCGAACUAUCAGUUCUUGUAUUCAACGUGUUGAAUGCAGUAGAAAUGGGCAGGAGUAAAGGCCUGAGUGGCUUUGACAAGGGCCAAAUUGUUAUGGCCAGAUGACUAAGUCAGAGCAUCUCUGAAACGUCAAGGCUUGUGUGGUGUUCCUGGUCAGCUGUGGCGAGUGGCUCCCAAGGUGCAUCGAUGCGUGAGGGCAACAAAGGCUAUCCUGUCUGGUACGAACCGACAGAAGGUCUACUGUGAACUUUUUAUGAUGUUAUAGAAGGAAUGUGUCACAACACACAAUGCAUUACACCCUGCUGCGUAUGGGGCUGCGUAGCCGCAGACCGGUCAGAGUGCCCAUGAUGAUCCCUGUCCACCAUCGAAAGAGUCUACAAUGGGCACACAAGCGUCUGAACUGGACCUUGGAGCAAUGGAAGAAUGUCACCUGGUCCGAUAAGUCCCAUUUUCUUUUACAUCACGUUGACAGCCAUGUACAUGUGAGCUGUUUACCUGGGGAAGUGAUGGUGCCAGGAUGCACUAUGGGUAGAUGACAAGCUGGUGGAGGGAGUGUGUCGCUCUGGGCAAUGUUCUGCUGGGAAACCCUGGGUCCGGGCAUUCAUGUGGACCUCAAUUUGACACAUGCCCUACCACACUGCACACAUUGUUCGGGAAUGGUCUAAGGACUUGAUGAAGAGUUCAAGAUGUUGCUCUGGCCUACAAAUUGCACAGAUCUAAAUCAGAUUUAGCAUCUGUGAGAUGUGCUGGACCAACAAGUCAGAUUCUCGGUGGCUUCACCUUGCAACUUACUGGACUUGAAGGAUCUGCUGCUAAUAUCUUGGUGCCAAAUACCACAGGACACCUUUAAGGGUCUUGUAGAGUCCAUGCCUCGGUGGGACAGUGCUGUUUUUGUGGCAUGCAGAGGACCAAAAGCAUAUUAGGCUGGUGAUCAUAAAGUUUUGGCUUAUCAGUGUAUUUUUGAACAUGUACCAUAGUAUUCUUGAAGUGCCUAGGAUAAGCUUAUAAUACCAUGGCACAUAAAUAUGGUAAUCAUUCAGUACCAUGGUAUAUAUCAAAGUAUCGGAUGCCAUCAGUUUACCAUGGUUACCCCCACAUGUAAAGGUUAUGGAUAAACACUGUAUUUUUUGACAGUGUUUUACUGUAUGCAAAGCUAAACCUGCUUUUUUGAAAUGCAAUCUAAUCUUGAAGAGAUUGAAUUGAACACUAUAGACAGCAUUACACAUGAACAAUUACUGGUAACACUUUACAAUAAUGUUCAAUUCGUUAACAUUAGGUAUAAUGAACAAUAUAUUAUUUACAGCAUUUAUUAAUCUUUUUAAAUGUUAAAUAUAACAUUUAAACAUUUUAAACAAUUGUUAAAAAUACAAUUGUUCUGUGUUAGUUCAUUGUGAAUACCUAAUGUUAAUAUAUGUGAAUGUGUAUAUGUGAACUAACGUUAACAGAUACAACUUUUGAUUUUAAAAAUGUAUUUGUAUGUUGAAAUUAACAUGAACUAAGAUUAAUAAUUGCUGUUAAAGUAUUAAUUGUUAGUUUAUGUUAACUAGUGUUACCAACUGGAACCUUAUUGUAAAGUGUUAUCAAAUUACCUAUAAAGAUAUGCCCUCAUAUCUCUAAAAAUUGUCCUCAGGAUACAUCAAUAGCCUGCUAACCAGAGGUUAGAAAAACAAAGAGAGAUUAUAUUAUUAAUUAAACUGACAUUGAUCUAUUUAUGCCAGUAUAAGAUGAGCUGUUCACUCCAUGUAAAAGUUUAUUUUUUUCCACAUAUCAUUUGAUCAUUAUCAUGUAAUUUUAAGUAAUAUAUACAACAAUGAAAACACUUUCAAACUAGAUUUCUGACAGUUCUGUAAAAUUUUAAAAUGUGUAUUGCUAAACCUGAGCUUGAUAGAAUGUAGCUACAACUUCAGUGAACUUGACAUUAUUUGCAAAAGAAAACUGCCUCUCUCAGCUGAUUUUACUACCCAAAGAAUUGUUUUUAUUCUUUGGAUUAAUCAAAAUAGUCUAAAAUGAUCAUAUAUAUAUAUAUUCUAGAUUGUCAUUUGUUCUAGAGCUCUUUGUUAAAUAAUGCAUGCACAGUGAAUAUUUAACAUUUUAUCAAACAUUAUUACAGGGCUUAUUACAAAUUGUAAGUAUGUACUUGCUAAUAGGAGUGGUGGUGGUUUAGUGGUCUAAGCACAUAACUGGUAAUCAGAAGGAUGUUGGUUCAAGCCCCACAGCCACCACCAUUGUAUCCUUGAGCAAGGCACUUAACUAGGGUGACCAAACGUCCUGUCCUGGCCGUUUUUUAUAAAGUGAUACAGUGAUAAUAACAAAUUUCUAUCCAUACAGAGGCAUAGCCUACUUUAAAUGUAUUGAAAUUAACAAGGCAUCUUUGAGUAAAAUUCGAGUAUCAUUUGAGUAUCUCAUUGCCGUGCCGAGUGUCCUGGUUUUUGGUAAUCAAAAUAUGGUCACCCUAACUUAACUCCAGAUUGCUCCAGGGGGAUUGUCCCUGUAAUAAGUGCUCUGUAAGUCGCUUUGGAUAAAAGCGUCUGCCAAAUGCAUAAAUGUAAUACUAAUCAAAGCAGUAAAGAUAGAUACUUUACUAUUCCCUUGAUGGAAAUUACAGAGAUUGGUGGUAAUAUUUGAUUACUUGAUUCAUAGCGUGAAACUUUUAACUUUAAAGGCACUUUAACUUUGAAAUACACCAGGGACUCUUAUUUUGAAAUGCAACUGCUUCACUGCUUCCAGUUGCUCAUUCAAACAAACCUAUGAUUCAAAAAGAUAAGGGAAAUAAAAUGUGUACAAUGAUAUACAACGUAUUACAAUAUAAACCAUUAAGAGUAAACAUUGUCAUAUUUCAUCAACACUAUAUCAUCAUCAUCAUCAACAGUUGAUCUAGUGAUAGUUUGUCAUAAAUUUCUGAUUUGGCCCAAUGAUUGUGAACUGCUCUGCAACAUCUGGAAACACGCGUUUUCUGAAGGAGGCAGCGCACGCAUUUAAUUCAAUCAUAUUCUUUUGAAGUUUGAUUAUCACAUUAGGUCAUAUCACGAUUCCUGUGUUUCCGCCCCCAAAUUUAAGACCUCUUUAAAUUAUAAUUAAGACUUUUGUUGUAUGAUCUAAGAUAUUUAAAACUUUGAAAACUGAAUUUAAGACAUUUUAAGACUUUUUAAGAAUCCGCGGGAACCAUGUACAUAAUAUAUUUCAACAUUCAACUCUGCCACCUGCUGGCAGUAUAUGCUAAUGCACGUUUGAGUACCUGUUGAGUGUUCUUGAUUUAGAGUUUUAGAUGAUAAUUUAUGACAUAUUCUGUCAGCAUGUGUACUACCAGAUGUAUUUAUUAUAAUGUAUAUUUUAUACAAUAUAAUUAAUUUAUAUUAUACAGUUUUUACCCCAGUUAUGGAUAUACUGAUGCACAAACUGUAUUUGAUAAUCAUUUAAUUUUACAAGUAUAAAUGCACACAAAAGUCAGAAAAUGUAAUUAAACUAUUCUAUUUUCUUCAAAUCUGUUAUUUAGAAUACUUUAAGUUGUAAGAAAUGUAUAUUCUUGGUGUGUAAAUAUGUUGGUAAACACACACACACACACACACACACACACACACACACACACACACACACACACACAUGUUGUGUUUCCAUGUUUUAUGGGGACUUUCCAUAGACAUAAUGACUUUUAUACUGUACAAACUUUAUAUUCUAUCCCCUAAACCUAACCCUACCCCUAAACCUAACCCUCACAGAAAACUUUCUGCAUUUUUACAUUUUCAAAAAACAUAAUUUAGUAUGAUUUAUAAGCUGUUUUCCUCAUGGGGACCGACAAAAUGUCCCCACAAGGUCAAAAAUUUCGGGUUUUACUAUCCUUAUGGGGACAUUUGGUCCCCACAAAGUGAUAAAUACA